AUGACCGUCCGUUUCAUCGAUGCCAACAAAGCCGUUGCCGAUGUUCCCGAUGGAGCGAAAAUUCUUGUUGGUGGAUUUGGUCUCUGUGGUAUUCCUGAGAACUUGAUUCAAGGAUUGCUUCAUCACGGACCAAAGGACCUGACCGCUGUUUCGAACAACGCUGGCGUUGACGAUUUCGGUUUAGGACUCUUGCUUCAGAAGAAAAUGGUGAAGCGAAUGAUUGCUUCUUACGUCGGAGAGAACAAAGAAUUCGAACGGCAAUUCCUCACCGGUGAAUUGGAAGUUGAGCUGACUCCACAAGGAACACUGGCUGAAAAAAUCCGUGCUGGUGGCGCCGGUGUCCCUGCUUUUUACACUCCAACUGGUGUCGGUACUCUCAUUCAUCAUGGUGGUGCUCCAAUCAAGUACAACCCCGACGGAAGCAUCAACAUCGCCUCCGAAGCUCGCGAAUCCAAAGUCUUCAACGGAACCGAAUACAUCAUGGAAGAAUCGAUCACUGGUGACUUCGCCCUUGUCAAGGCAUGGAAAGCCGAUAAAGCUGGAAACUUGCUUUUCCGAAAAACUGCCCGAAAUUUCAACGAGCCAAUGUGCAAAGCUAGCAAAAUGACCAUUGCUGAAGUUGAAGAGAUUGUCGAUGAAAUCCCAGCCGAUGAAGUUCACGUGCCUGGCAUUUACGUCCAGCGUGUCGUCGUUGGUGAAAAGUUUGAAAAGCGAAUCGAGCGAAAGACCAUCCGACAACCAGAAUCAGCUGAGCCCGCUAAGAAAUCCCCUGCUGCCCUUAUGCGCGAGCGAAUUAUCCGCCGCGCUGCUCUCGAGUUCGAAGACGGCAUGUACGCUAACUUGGGCAUUGGCAUGCCCAUGCUUGCUUCCAAUUUUAUCCCUGACGGAGUUAAUGUUACUCUUCAAUCCGAAAAUGGCGUACUUGGUCUCGGCCCCUUCCCGACCGAAGAAGAGGUCGAUGCAGACUUGAUCAAUGCUGGAAAAGAAACCGUUACUAUUAUUCCUGGCUCAUCCUACUUUUCCUCCACUGAAUCCUUCGCCAUGAUCAGAGGCGGACAUGUUCAGCUUACGAUGCUUGGCGCCAUGCAGGUCUCAAAGACUGGCGAUUUGGCAAAUUACAUGAUCCCCGGCAAGAUGGUCAAGGGAAUGGGAGGAGCUAUGGAUCUCGUCGGUGCUCCUGGAUCAAGAGUUGUGAUCACUAUGGAGCACCAGGCACGUGGUGGCAAGCACAAAAUCCUCGACGACUGCAGCCUCCCCUUGACCGGCGUCAAGUGUGUUGACAAAAUCAUUACCGAAAUGGCUGUUCUCGAAGUCCGAGAAGAAGGCCUUGUCAUGACUGAAAUCUGGCCUGAGUUCACUGUUGACGAAGUCAAGGCUGCAACUGGCUGCGAUAUCAUUGUUUCUCCCGAUUUGAUCAACAUGCAGCAGAUCUAA